GUGCUGUGUUAUCUUUGAAGACAGAAGUCAAUGUCAUGGACUGUGCUCGUAUCGGUUUAUCGUAGUAUAUUAGGUACUUAAUUAACUAGUAUAUAAGUGUAUAAUCCAUGGUACUUACACAGCGUCUGUGGGUUUAUCCUAAUUACUAUCAGUUAUCGGUAGGCAUCGUUAUAAUUCUUAGUGCUUAUUUUACGAAGGUACGCUGUAAUUGUUUUUAUUAUAUUAUUGAAGAAAGGGAAUUGUAGGAAGUGAAUAAGUUAGAAAAGAUAUAAAAAUAAUAUAAGAGAUAAAUGGUAAUCAAUGGGUGCUAACCAUGAAGAGAAUUCCCUGCGAUAUAGAAGGGCGCAGAGUGUUACAACUGCUGAAGAAAUCACUGAAAAAGAAAAAAGAGCUCGAAGAUCCCAAUUCGAUAGACCAUGUCACAAGCCAAGAGAUUCUCUUUUUUCUUGGACUUCAGAAUUCACAAAUUUCACAGGCUUAGUAAAUUGGGGUUUUCUCAUGUUAACAAUAGGAGGAUUGCGUUUAUGUCUUGAAAAUUUUUUAAAGUAUGGAAUACGUGUGAAUCCCUUUGAGUGGAUAAUUGUUCUAACUGGUUACAAUGAAGGCAAAAAUUAUCAAUACCCAUCAAUAAUACUUUUGAUGUAUAGUGUUGUACCGGCUGUUAUCAGUUUACUGAUUGAGAAAGCGAUUGCGGCGGAUUUGUUCACACAAAAAUUAGGAGUUACAUUACAAAUAAUUAAUUUAUUAACAGAAAUAAGUCUACCAGUUAUUGUUCUAAAUUUCAGUAAUCAAGAAUUUAGUUUUGUGGGAAUAACUACAGUAUGUAUGAUAUAUCUGGUAAUAUUCUUAAAAUUGUGGAGCUACUGUCAAACAAAUCACUGGUGCAGAAAUGGGACAAGGACAAAGAAGUCGAAAUCCUUGCGUCGUCAGAGUUUAUCAGCACCAAAUAGCAAUGCGCUUGUUAAUGCCGAGCAAGAUCAAAACUCAGAUCAUGAGAAAACCGAUGAUAUGAUGGGCAUCGUUAAAUAUCCAGACAACCUGAACCUUAGAGAUUUGUUGUAUUUCUUGCUUGCACCUACCCUUUGUUAUGAAUUGAAUUUCCCACGUACAACAAGGAUCAGAAAAAGAUUCCUCAUCAAGAGAAUAGUGGAAGUGAUAUUUGGAAUGAACCUUAUUUUGGCUCUAUUCCAGCAAUGGAUGAUUCCGUCCGUAAAGAACGCUGUGGACCCCUUCUCUCAAAUGGAUGUUGUAAGGAUUACUGAGCGAUUAUUGAAACUUGCUGUGCCCAACCAUCUAAUAUGGCUAUGUUUCUUCUACCUAUCCUUUCAUUCAUUCUUAAACCUGAUGGGAGAAUUGCUUCAUUUCGCUGAUCGCAAUUUCUACAACGACUGGUGGAAUUCAAGGAACAUAGCCGUCUUCUGGAGUACUUGGAACAUGCCCGUACACCUGUGGGCUGUGAGACAUGUGUACAUUCCCAUCACUGAAAUGGGAUAUGGCAAAGGACUUGCUGGGAUUGUGGUCUUUUUCAUAUCGGCUUUCUUCCAUGAGUAUUUGGUAAGUGUCCCACUGCAAAUGUUCAGAGUCUGGGCGUUCCUCGGCAUGAUGGCUCAGCCGCCUCUCUCUGUGAUAUCCAAGUUCGUGGAGAGGAAGCUGGGAGUGCGGUGGGGAAACAUUAUAGUUUGGAGUUCCCUUAUACUGGGACAACCUCUGGCCAUAAUGAUGUAUUACCAUGACUAUGCCAUAGCACAUUAUACUCCUAAAUAGAGGAAUUCCUAUUAUUCAAAUUUUCUAAGAGAUUUGCUAAGUUUUAAAUAGCGGAGAUUAUUAUUGUUAUUGGAUUCACAAUAUAUCAUUUGUUUAAGGGGUGCUAGUGUUAAGUUUUUAAUAGUACAAAUAGAAAAAUAUAUUGAUUAAGAGAAAGUCAAAUAUAUUCUAUCGCAUUUUAUAAGAUUGUUCAUGUUUAUUUUAUAAUGUCUUUGGAAACUAAUCAAAAAACCAUGACAAAAUAGAUUUUUUCGAAUUUUAUAUCUAAUUAGGUUUUUUAUAUACAUUGCAUUUUUAGAUGAAAGUUUUUUAUUUAUUUUUUCAUAUAAAUAAUGUGCAGUAUUCAAGUUUGCAUGCUAUAGUACAAAAGGGAUUUAAUUUUUAUUCUUUAGUAGUCAUUAAGUGUUGCCAGAAUUGCAAAUAAUUCAUAUUAAAAUAUGCGUACUAUUGGGUCAUGAAUAAAUUGUAAAAAUGCUAGAACCAAAAUAUAAUUAAGAUAAAGUUAAGGAAUAAAACUUUACUGGCUAUUUUAGCUUUGUAAAAGGGAAUUAUUCUAUACAUAUUGGUUUGCCCAUUUUGUAUAUAUGUUUCAGUCUGGUAGCUUUCUUGUUAUGCAAUUUUUAUUUUAUUGAUAAUUAUAUAUGUUAAUUGAUAUAUGUGAAGGAUAUGCAUCAAGUGAUAUUAAUAUUUUAUAUUGUAUUGUUAACCAUUUCAUUUGUUAUGGAUAUAUUUUGAUACUGAUGUCACUUUAUAAGUGAAACAAUAACAUAUAAAACAAAUAUAAUUGAGCUUUGAGAGACUACCUGGAUGUAAUAAUAAAGAAUUGAAUUUGUUUUUGUGUUGGAUUUGUAAUGUUGUUAUAAUAAAUUUGUAUUUUUAUGAAGAUCAUGCUCAAAAUUUGUGAGAUAAUAAUUUAAUAUUAAUGUAAUGGAUAAUGGAUAAGUAGCUAUAUUUUUAAUAUAUUGGUUAUUAUGCAUUGCGUACAUGUUUUUCAUCAGAAAACUUGUUUGAAGAGAUUAAAUUUAUUUAAAGUAUAACAUAAUAUAUAAAUUUUUAAAGAAUGAAAAAAAAUUGAUCGCAAGAUGGGAUGGCACAAGGAUAAUUUUUUUUUCUUUCUAAAAUUUCUCAUUUAUGAAGCAUUUGGAUCCCAUAAAAAUGAAAAUUAAAUAUAGCAUAUUAUAUUUAAUGAAUAAAGACUGAAAUUGGUUAGAUCCUGAAGUUACUUGAAAAAUAUAAAACAUAGUCAAUAUAUGUUAUAGUAUAUUAUAAUAUUUAUUUAUGUUUUUAUUUGUUUUUCUACAAU